AUGCUCAGAUCCGCAAUUAAAAACCAACAGAGUCUUGUCACUAGAAUACCGGUAACCACCACGAUACGUGCGUUGCAUGCAUCAAGCAUCCACUUCAAUGACAAACCUCCCUCUUCAAACUCCCCAUUAAAGGUGUUUUUCGAUACUUUCAAGCAAGAGGUGAAGAAAUCGUCCGAGUUGAAGGAAAAUAUUAAAGCUUUGCAGGAUGAAUCCGGAAGAAUGGCCGAAUCUGAAGCAUUUAAGAGGGCAAAAGAGGCAUAUGCCAGAGCACAGAAGGGAAGAAGUGCCGCAGGGAAAGCAGUCAAAAAAACUGCUGAUGUAGUAGGAGGUGCAGCCUAUAAAGCAUGGGAGUCUCCUGUGGGGAAAGGUGUCAGAACCACUGUCAAAGUUAGUGCUGAUGUUGCUGACAAGGCGUUUGAACCAGUGAGAAAGACAAAGAUAUACAAGGACGUUUCAGAAGUGAUUGACGAUGGGUCUUCGAAUAUGUAUGGUGGAUUUUUGACAAAAGAACAAAGGCAAGCUCUAAGAGAGAAGGAAUUGGCCAGGAAAUUAAAAGAAGGUUACAAAGGUCCGGUGAAGGAGAAUGAAGAAGCUGGUGGGGAGUUGGUUGCAACAGAAAUAAAAUCAUCGGGUCCAUCAACGAGUGAGAAAUGGGAAGCUUUUAAGCAAAAAUCGCCUAUUGGUAAAGCUAUUGUCAUUCUCAAGGAAAAAUGGGACGAAUCGGAGAAUGGUUUGAUCAGUCUAAUACGUACCAUUAUUGAAAAGGUUACUGGGUUUUUUGCCGAGACUGAGCAAGCCAAGACUAUCAAACAGCUAAAGUAUAUGGACCCUUCAUUCAGGUUGACCGAUUUCCAAAAGACAUUAAACGACUACAUUGUUCCCGAAGUUGUUGAUGCGUACAUCAAAAAUGAUGCAAAGGUGUUGAAGGAAUGGUUCAGCGAGGCUCCUUAUAACGUUUGGGAAGCCAACAAUAAACAAUUUACCCAGCAAGGAUUGUUUUCGGAUAGCAGAAUCUUGGACAUCAGAGGUGUCGAUAUUGUCACUUGCAAGAGCUUGCAACCUAAUGACAUUCCUGUUGUUGUUGUCAGUUGCAGAGCGCAAGAGAUCCAUUUGUAUAGAAAGGCCAAGACUGGUGAAAUAGCCGCUGGUACUGAAGAUCAAAUCCAAUUGAGUACUUAUGCUAUGGUUUUGACUAGAAUUCCAGAAGAGUUUGAUAACAAGACCACUGAGGGAUGGAAGAUUGUUGAAUUCGCUCGUGGUGGAUCAAGACCAUUCCAUUAA